CAUUAAUAUAAAAUACAUAUGUUUUGUCGGAAAAUGUUCUAUAACAGGAUGAAAUAUAAGUAAAAAGUGUUCGGGGAAGUUUAUUUAGGAAUUAUGUUCAACUUAUUUCCACGAAUUAUGGCAAUACCGUGGACUGAUGAUACAAAUCAGGACACAGAACAAUUAGGAACUGAUGUACUAGACUCACAGUCCAAUUUUACAAAUUAUAACUUCGUCAGUCAGUCAAGAUCAGUGGGUGAACUGCGCAGACAGUUCAAUACUGAGAGGCAAGACGAUGACUCAUUUAUCGGAACUACACAUUCAAGGAUGUUGGCACUGCAGAGAGAAAACUUUGAGCUGAGAUCAAAGUUAAACUGUUUCAUAUGCAAACACAAUCAGUUCACACAUGUAGUACUUCCAUGCAGUCAUGUUGUGUGUGGUGAUUGUAUUAAGCUGACAAUGUGUUCGUGUGGUAUACCCAUUGAAUCAUCACAUGUAUGCACGUUAACGCCUAUUCAUACUACAGAACAUGAAAUAGUGAGUUCCGUCAGUUCAUCGGACUUAAUAUUUGCAAUUCAUUCCAACAACUCGUAG